AUGAUUGACGAUCAAGACUUGGGAUUCUUUGCCAAUUUUCUUGGCAUCUUUAUAUUUGUUUUGGUAAUCGCUUAUCACUAUGUAGUGGCAGACCCAAAGUAUGAAGGAAACUAGUGAUUUGAGGUAAAGGUCCAAUUUCCUUGCCAUUGCUGCUGUCGUUGUUUUUGUAAUCAUUUAUCAAUAUGUAAUGGCAUACCAAAACGUGAAGGAAACUAGUGCUAGAGGUAAUGGUGUUUUAAGACUUACUAGUAUUUCUAUGGUACUUGUACUUAAAUGACAGUCUUCACAAGAAUGAUUUAUAUUUUGCUAUGGUUAUAACUUAUAAAUGUCUUUUUGAGACAACCUUGCAAGAAUU